UGGCUUUUCACAAAUCCCAACAAUGGAGUCCACCUCUCACCUGCAACGAAUGGCCGAAGAACUCAAGUGUCCCAUAUGCCUAAGUCUUCUGAAAUCUGCUGUUUCGCUUACGUGCAAUCACAUAUUUUGCAAUGUUUGUAUCGACAAAUCCAUGAAGUCUGAUGCAACCUGUCCCGUAUGCAAAAUUCCUUAUCGGAGAAGAGAGGUUCGUCCCGCUCCUCACAUGGAUACCUUGGUGAGCAUUUACAAGAACAUGGAAGUUUGUUCAGGAGUCAACAUACUAGUCACUCAAACACAACCUCAAAUGUCAGGUCAUGAGAAUCAAGUUGAGAAUGAAAUUGUUUGUAGAAGUAAGACAACCAGCAAAGCUUGCAGAGACACACCGAAGACACAGAACCAGAGAAGAAAAAGAGGGAAAACCUUGACAGGAUCUUCAAAGAGGCCCAAAAGUCAUAAUUCAGAUCCUGCGAGACCAUCUUUUCCAGUAAAGAAAAGGGUUCAGGUGCCACAGCAUCCUCUGCAAGAGACUCCAACGAGACCUGCAAAUCUUGAAGGUGGAAAGAUUGAAUGUAUCACAGAUAGAACUCAAACAAAUGUGUCUGGACCAGAAGAUGAACCCCAUCUACAUGAGAAUGGAGAAACAUUAUUUUCCCCUUUCUUUUGGUUGAGGGAUGACGGGGAUGCUGAAAGAACAAUAGAACCUACACCAGUAGAGCCUGUAAACGAUUCACCACCAGAUGCUCCAUGCUUUAGUGAUAUUAAGGACUCUGAUGAUCACAUGACGUCAAAGGAUGGAGACAUUUUCGACAGUGAGAUGUUUGAAUGGACACAAAGACCUUGCUCUCCAGAGCUUUGUUCAAGUCCAUUGAAGUUGCAGGACAAAGAAUCUGAUGAAUGUGACAGAGUCCAAGAGAAGGGGUUCAGAGGCACCUCAUUACACUCGGUUAUUAAUACUGAUAACAUGGAAGAGGUUUUACCCACUUCAUCCCCACAGCAAAUAAAAAAGGUUAACCAUGCAGCUAAAGCUAAAGAGUCCAAGAAGAGAGCUAAAAGGACAAAGGAAAGCAUUCAAAAGAAGAGAGUUAAGAGAGACACAGAUGAAGCGGUUGGAAUUUGUAAUGUGUCGCCAAAGAUUGAUCAGGGUGAAGGCAGCAACACUAACGACUUGGUGAAACAGAAGAAACAGAUUCGUAGAAGAGGCAAGAAGGUUUCUGUUGAUACUUCAUCUACCAAGGCAUUGAUAUCAAAGGUUGCACAUGUAUGCGAUGGAGAAACUUCUGGUCACCGAGAUGGGAGUAUAGUUGGCCUGACAGACUCUUCUAGUAUAAGACAAGGUAGUGGCAACACUCAUAAUGCCAAUAGUUUUGAUGAGAACAAAAAGGAGACCACUAAUCAACAGCAGAUGAAUAGGGAUAAAAGGUUGAAAACCCUAGGACCAAGUAAUAAUAGCAUUACUGAAAUCAACAAGGCUAUCUCCCAGUUUCCCAGUGAGCCUUCUCUUGUUGAUGGUGAGAUAAAAGUUUGCCCUUCCAGGAUACAAACCAAAAAAGGUAAAGUUUUCAAGGAAUUGAAAACUUCCAAGAAGGUGGCAUUUUCUAUAAGCAAAGGCUUUAAUGGUAAAUCAUUUGGUGACAUUCCAACAACUUCUGAAUAUGUUGCUACAAAGGGAAACCAACCGCUGGGAGAAGUUCACUCUAGUUCCAAGAUAGAAUUCAAUCCUCAUGAGAAGACAAAUGCAAUGUUCUUACGUAAAUGUGACACUCUUUCUUGUAUUCGUUGUGCCUUCUGCCAGUCCUCAGAAGAAUCAAAUAUUUCUGGAUCCAUGACACAUUAUGUUAAAGGAAAGCCUAUAGAGUCAGAUCAUGAAGGUGUACCACGUGCCAUACAUGCACAUAGGAACUGCACAGAGUGGGCUCCGAAUGUAUACUUUGAAGAUGAUAUUGCUGUCAACCUGGAGGCUGAAUUGGCUAGAAGCAAGAGGAUUAAGUGUUCUUGCUGUGGAAUAAAGGGGGCAGCUCUUGGUUGUUAUGAAAAGAGUUGUCGCAGGAGCUUUCAUUUCACUUGUGCAAAACUAACACCAGAAUGCCGAUGGGAUGAUGAUAAUUUUGUCAUGUUAUGCCCUCUUCAUGCCUCUCAUAAGCUGUCAAAUGAAAUGUGUGGUUCUCAACUACAAAAGACAAAGAAAAGUGUUCCAAAAAGGCAUGUUAACAUUAAACAAUCUCAAGUUCCUGUUAGUGAUACUGUCAGCACAACAUCUCGUUGGGACUCACAUGGAGUAUUUACAAAAAUUGUUCUCUGUUGUUCAGCUCUCACAAGUAUUGAGAAGGAAACCAUUGCAAGGUUUGAGAGUUUAUCUGGAGUUACAGUGCUGAAGAAAUGGGAUUCUAGGGUCAGCCAUGUAAUUGCAUCGGUUGAUGAGAAUGGGGCAUGCAGAAGAACCCUCAAAUAUUUAAUGGGAAUUUUAGAGGGCAAGUGGAUCCUUACUAUUGAUUGGAUUAAGGCUUGCAUGGAGGUCAAGAAACCAGUUGAUGAACAGCUCUAUGAAAUUAAUCUCGACAUUCAUGGAUUCAAGGGUGGUCCUAAACUUGGACAGUCUAGGCUAUUGAACAAGGAACAGAAACUUUUUAAUGCAUUCAAGUUCUAUUUUACUGGAGAUUUUGUGGCUUCAUAUAAGGGAUAUCUGCAUGACCUUAUAAUUGCUGCUGGAGGCACAGUGCUACACAGGAAGCCAAUACCAAUAAAUCAUGAACCACAAUUUUCUGAGGACAUAAAUGCAAAGCAGUUCAUAAUUUACAACCUCGAGCUUCCUGAUAAGUUCAAAGCAGAAGAAAGAAACCUGAUUCUGAGCCAGAGAAAGUCUGAUGCAGAGGCUUUAGCAAGAUCAAGUGGUGCUGUAGCUGCAAGCAACUCAUGGAUCUUGAACUCCAUUGCUGCUUGUAAGUUGCAAAACCUUGACUAGAUAAUUAUUUUUUUUGAUUCAAUCUGCUUAUCGGAAACAUGUAUAGAAUAUAAUAAUGCUUGAAUUUAUAUCUAACUUUGAUAUUUUAGCAAA